GUAUUCUUUUGCAGAAUUAUGAGGUGCUUACGUUAGCAAAAAUGUUGUACUCGAUUGCUUUUAGACGUAACUAGAACGUUACUGUCAAUAAGAAAGAGUCUGUAGAUUAUCUUAUAUAUGUUUAAUUUCUUUAAUUCAUUCUGGAUGUCUUUUAAUUAAAUAAAUUUGGUCAAAAAACAUAUUUUUGCUUGCAGUUUAAAUGCUUAGAAAAGCAUUUCGAACAUAAUUCGAUUUCUACGGUGCUCCUUCUCAGCGCUCCCUUUUGUUUGUUAGCUAGCUAGCUACCUACGUGAUUAGGCCGUAAUCGCUGUUAUUUUCAUAAAUACAUAAACAUUUGAGCAGGAUCAAAUCAUGACCAAUCCAUCUUUAAUGCUGAUUAUGAGAUUAGCUCUCUUAGGAUGUUUUUGGACGUUCAGUGCAGCUGUGUCCGAUGACAUGAUCAAAAUUUCAAGUGCAGAGUUGAAAGAUUUGAGGCCUGAAACUGAAACUGUCCUGGCAUUUUUCACUCGGAGCAGCGGCUGCAGCUCCUGUGCCGCUGCGGCCGACGAGCUCCGCUCCGUGCUGCCAUCUCUCGGCAUGAAAACGUACCUGGUGGAGGACGGCAAGGAGACAGCCGAGUACGCAGACCGGGUGCCCGCCCUGGUCAUGUUUCACGGCCACACACCCGUGCUCUACGAAGGUCCGAUGGAGGGGGACGCGUUCGCCGAGUUCGUCACCACCAACCGAGAGCCGCGCGUAGUGAUUCUGAACGACGACAGCUUCGAGCACCUGACGCAGGCGGCUACCGGAUCCACCACCGGCGACUGGCUAGUCAUGUUCCACGGCCUCUCGUGCGACAGCUGCGCAGCACUCGAGGCUCGCCUGCAGGGGGUGGCUGCCAAGUUGAGGAACCGCGUCAUGGUGGCCAAGAUGUCCUCCGAGACGGACGGCAGGGAGACGGCCAAGCGGUUCGGUGUGCCGCCCAAAGAGCUCCAGAUCCUGUUUUUCCGCCAGGGUACGAUGUACCUGUACAACCUGAAGAAGUUUGAUCUCAGCAGUCUGAGCGCCUUCGCUGUCGGCCUGUACAAGGAGGCUCCUAGUGAACCGGUGCCUUCGCUACCACAGUCGCCCAUAAUGCUGGUGCUGCAGGUAAUAGCCGUCAUCCUUGUCGCCGUCUACAUCCUCAUGAUGGUGCUCACCAAGAAGAACGAGCAGGCGCGGAAGAAGGGGUUCUGAGAGCGCGCCUCUGGCUCCGGGCGAGUGUUCGCCGAGCUGUGCGCAGCUGUCAGCGCUCGCAGCGUCCGCAGAGUGAGGAGGAAGCCGAACUGAUACAUCCCUCUGUGGGCGAGAACGCUGAGGGACAGAUGGAGAUAGAGGGAGCUGCUAUCAAUGACGGUGGACCAACAGACCCAUCCGAUGACGCUGGAAGAUCUGAGGGAGGCGGCGGUUGUGUGAGGGGUGUUCGGUGCGACACGAGUGUUUGAGUUGGUGACAGGGACCAGUGCGGCUAUCGUAUCAAAUGUGAUGACGUUUGUUGUUAAACUGUGAUGAAAUUGUUUCUCGUUGAUAUUUUCCUACUGAGGUGUGUUGGGGCUCAAAUAUAGCAUCUACUUAAAA